UGAGAUCAUAAAUAGUUGGCAGCGAAUGGCCAAGCCGUUCAAGACAAAAUGCAAACAAGUCCGACCGGUCGACCACGGCCAUGCGCUGGACUUCGGUUUCAAUUGACGUGGUCGCAACGGCGAGCGAGGUCGUGAGGUCGCACGAGUUGCAGGAACACUAUGCCAUCGCCAGGGAGGGCCUGAGUUGUCCCUGCGCGUUUGUGGUGGUCCACCAAGGUUCUGUCACGAUGCCGUUGACACUGGCUGGGGCUUCUGGGGAUUUGGACGCCCCCAUCAAAUGGCGGAUUUCAGACAAAACGGAGCCGCGGAAGGACUCCAAAUCUGUCGUGGUUGCCGAGAAGUCUGUCGAUGCGUGUAGCUGGUCACUAAUUUUGGACGAUAAAUAAUUGAUUUGUUCGUUG